AAAAAAAGCAAUUUCGUACAAACCAAGUAUUGUCGCCACGUUGCCACCGAAGACAAACGUCCCCCUAAACUCUUCCACCGACUCCUCUUCCUUUACGACCUUCAUCGUCUCUACUCUUUCUCUCUCAGUUGAUCAUCAAUGGCGGAAGCGAAAUUCGUCCUUGCCCUUUUAGUAUUUCUGUGUUCAAUAUUUUCCAUGAGCCUAGCCGACUCUAAUGAUUUUCAGUACUGCAGCAAGAAGAACUAUGAUGUUAAGGUCAGCGGAGUUGAUAUAACACCUAGUCCUGUGCAAAGAGGCAUCAACACCACUUUUAGCAUAUCAGCUUAUUCAGAUAAAGACAUUUCUGGGGGGAAGAUGCAGAUUGAUGUCAAAUACUGGAUAUUUAAUGUCUACAGUGAGACACAUGACCUAUGUGAAGAGACACCUUGCCCUAUUUCUGCCGGUGAUUUUGUCAUAGCACACACCCAAGCGUUGCCUGGGAUAACCCCUCCUGGUUCCUACACGCUGACCAUGAAGAUGAUGGAUGGGAAGAAGCAUGAGUUGGCAUGUAUCAGCUUCGACUUCAGCAUCGGUUUUUUUGCAGCAGCAGAACCCAAGGUGGCAGUUGCUGAUAGUUAAGUGCCGUAGUCUGUCCACUUUUUAUUCGGAGUGUCUUCCUGUCUUCUAUGUAAAAUAUAUGUUGAUGUAGCGUGAUGCCUGACUUCGUACAAUUUUAAUGAAGACUAUAACUUCGCACGUGGUUACUCCUUUUUCAAGUUCUUGGUCCAGCACCCUUGUGAAUGAUUGUUAAUGUUAUCAAUGAUGGACUCAUUGCCUGGAAUAAUGUGUUUCAAGUUCCAAGUUAAUUUGUUUCAAGUUCUUGGUCCAGCACCCUUGUUAAUUCGUUCAUGCUAGUUCUCUAAGGAUUUAGCUUCCCCCAUUCAUCUUGAUAGUUCAAAAUUCAAAUGAACAAAAAGGGAUAUGGACCAUAUGGUAUGUCCUAUACAGGACUCUUGUUAUGAGCAAUAUUGUCCUAUACAGGACUCUUGUUAUGAGCAUAGAGCAUGUAUACGGAUUAUGAGUGGCGGUUGUUUUUUUUUUUUUUCGAAAGAGGAGUUUUUCAUGGGCUGCUUUGAGAGUAUAAACAGGCGUCACGAUUUUUUUUUUUUUUAAUCGUCACAGGCGACACGAAGUUGAUCCAAUAUUUAUGAGUUAUCACCUAUUGGCUAUUCCGUAUAAGUUAUUUCUUUUUAAUUGGUUAUUUGUCAUUAUUUAUUUCAGUUCUUUUUUUCUAUUUUAUUUAUUUUUACCUAUGGUGUCACUGAGUUAGAAGUACUAAGAUGUGUGGUUCCUCAAAAAAGUACUAAAAUGUGUGGCAAAAAUGAUCUUUAUUUUUAAAUAUUGGUCGCUCGGCGACUGAAGUUAUUUUUUUCUGAUUGUUGGGUGUGAUUAUGAUAUUUGAGUUAUUUGAGUCAUUUCUGCGAGUAAUUUUUUUAUGCUUUUUAUCAUUUUAUGUUGACAAUUAUACGAAGCACUAAUUUUCUAACCCGUCACACAAUUUUGGUAGGUUUUUAUUUGAAUUGUUUUGAAUACUACGGAGUAGUUUAGAUUAGACUAAACAGAUUAGACCAGACUUCCAUAGUUUUAAAAUAACCAGACAUUUACCAGAUCAAUUCAGAUCAAACUGGACUUAAAUAGACCAGACUAGAUCAACAAAUUUCAGUUCAAGUAAAAACAUUCUUAGAUGAGUAUAUGGUGUAGUUAGUGGUGGACUCGGGUCGGGCCACCCGGCCCGGUCCGCUACUGUGCGGGCCCGGGACCUGCCCGGUUCACCGGUCCGGAUACCGGGCUUUGACCCGGUCCGAGGGGGAGACGGUUCCGGGCACGGUUCCUUCAAAAUGAGAUCCGGCCCGGACCCGGUUUGGGCCGAUUUUUUUUUUUAUUUUUUCAUUUUUUUUAUUCCAACGGGUUGGGCUGGGUGUUUUUUUUUGGGGGGGGGGGGGGGUUUGGGGGUGAGGGGGGGGGGGUCAGGGGUUAAUUAGAAAAAGAAAAAAAAAUUAUAAAGAGACCCGUGGCCCGGCCCGGACCCGGUGGAUACCCGGGCCGGUCCCGGGCCCAACCCCAAAUCCCAGAAAGCCCGUCGGGCCUAGGCCCGCCCCGGGCCCGCCCCGGCCCGAAUCCACCCCUAGGUGUAGCGGUGUACCAAUCAAUAUUUUUUUAAUGAAUAUUACUAAAAUAAAACUUAUUUAUAUUUAAACAUUAUUAAUUUUGAGAUUGAAAAUUGAAAAUUUGAAACCAUAUAAUACAACCAUCCUUACCUUUUAAUUUUGAGAUGGAAAAGAUCUAGAGUUUUGCAUAAUUUGAUGAAUGUCUAUUUAAGGAACAAGGGAAAUUACUAUCAAUUUAGGACGUGUGAACUCCAAAUAUGUAUUGUGCAUUUAGGGGGACCGGUCUUCGAGACUUCACAACUGAAAAACCUGUCACCUGGUCCUCUGACAUGCACAUAUCGAUUAAGAAGAAACUGCAAAUUCAAAACCCUAAUCCAAUCCUUUCAGAGACGAAUGAGAUUACUUCCUCGCAUGAAUGAUCAAUUCUGGCUACCAUUAUAUAUUCCAACAUCAAGUCAUCAACCAUCUUCUUCUUCAAUUCAUUGAGAAAGGGCUGUCUCAGCAUUCUUUUCUGAUUGCCGAUUCUGCAGAAGCUUAACUUCUUCCGCACACAUAGGUUACAUGAUAAUCAACUUUUUCGCAAAGAUUGUUGCUUUCAUCCAUAGAAAGCCUUAAAUGUUUCAUAGCUUUAAUUUUUAUAUUCUGAAGCUCUCUAGGAAGCUAAAUGCUUGGGAUUACGGUUUGGAAUUGUGUUGGUUAGAAUUGCAUAAUGUCAGUGCGGCUGAAAUCAUUUCAGCACAAACAUGAGUGGUGAUUAGGGAUUUGGGAGACAGAAGAAGGAAUAGCAGAUAGAUGGGAAACAAAUGUGUUCAUGCAAAAAUCACAAAGAAUGGGAUCUUUCAUUCUCUCUUUUGGUGGGUCCCACCGCUCGAUAUGCUCACACCUGCUAAGAAAAAUGAAACAAGCUGUGAAGAAGAGGCAGAAGGUGCAAUUGUUCCAGUCCAGAACAACAAACCACCAGAAGUGGUUAGGAUGGAAAAGGAUGAGAAGGAGGGACAUCACACUGAGGAAGGCGAUACAGCCAAAAGAGGAAGCAGAAAGGAAAAGCCUUCGAAACCCCGAAAGCCCCACAAUGUGAAGAGAGCAGUCAGUGCUGGCCUGCAGGUAGACUCUGUGUUGAAGACCAAAACUGGACAUCUGAAGGACUUCUACCAAUUAGGGGAGAAACUCGGGCACGGCCAAUUCGGGACCACUUUCCUUUGUGUCGAGAAGGCGACUCGGGAAAAAUAUGCUUGUAAGUCUAUAUCAAAGAGGAAAUUGGUGACAAAAGAAGAUGUGGAAGACGUGAGGAGAGAAAUUGAGAUAAUGCACCACUUGGCCGGUCAUCCUAACGUCAUAUCUAUUAAAGGCUCAUAUGAGGACUCAGUGGCAGUUCAUUUUGUUAUGGAACUAUGUGUAGGAGGUGAACUAUUUGAUAGGAUUGUAAAGAGGGGGCAUUACUCAGAGCGGCAGGCAGCUGACCUCACUAGGACCAUAGUUGGUGUGAUACAAGCCUGCCACUCCUUGGGGGUCAUGCAUAGGGACCUUAAGCCUGAAAACUUCCUCUUUGUUAGUGAUGAGGAGGAUUCACCUCUCAAAACUAUUGAUUUUGGAUUAUCAACUUUUUUCAAACCAGGGGAAAUCUUCGAUGAUGUUGUUGGAAGUCCUUAUUAUGUUGCACCAGAAGUUUUGGGGAAACAUUAUGGUCAAGAGUGUGAUAUUUGGAGUGCUGGUGUGAUAGUUUACAUCCUCCUUAGUGGUGUUCCUCCGUUUUGGGGAGAAACUGAGCAAGACAUAUUUGAGGAAGUCUUGAGGGCUGAUGUUGACUUUAAAUCAGAACCUUGGCCUAAAAUUUCUGAUAGUGCUAAAGAUUUAAUAAGAAGAAUGUUGGUUAGGGAUCCUAAAAAGCGUCUAACUGCUCAUGAAGUUCUUUGCCAUCCAUGGGUGCAGAUUGAUGGGGUGGCCCCAGAUAAACCUCUCGACUCCGCAGUCUUAACUCGCUUAACACAAUUUUCUGCUAUGAAUAAGCUUAAGAAAAUGGCUCUAAGGGUUAUUGCAGAUAACCUUUCUCAAGAGGAAAUUGCAGGUUUAAAGGAAAUGUUCAAGGCAAUUGACACGGAUAAUAGUGGACAAAUUACAUUUGAAGAACUAAAAGAUGGACUAAAUAGAUAUGGUGCAAAUCUUAACGAGUCUGAGAUACAUGAUCUCAUGAAGGCUGCUGACGUGGACAAUAAUGGUACUAUUGACUAUGGGGAGUUUAUAGCUGCAAUGUUGCACAUGAACAAAGUCGAGAAGGAGAAUCAUUUAUUUGCAGCAUUUUCGUACUUUGACAAAGAUGGAAGUGGAUAUAUAACAGGUGAUGAACUUCAAAAAGCUUGUGAGGAAUUUGGCUUUAGGGAUGUCCUCUUGGAGGAAAUGAUUCGUGAAGCAGAUCGAGACAACGAUGGUCGCAUUGAUUACGACGAAUUUGUAGCAAUGAUGACUAAAGGGAAUGCAGAUUUAGGCCAGAAACGGUUAUAAAAUGAUCUAAAAUCAGCUUUAAGGAGGCAACACGGGCUUCUUGAUACAGCCAAUGGACUUUCUGUUUUGGCCUUCAUCUUUUGAGAAUGCUUGAUUGGUGGAUCUAGCCAUUUAUUGGUAAAUUGAGUAAAAACUAGAGUAUGCAACAAGUAACAGCCAUGCUUUUCUCAACGCAAAUGAUGGUGACUUUAUGUGUGGUAAGUGUGGUCAUGGUGCUCAAUCAAGCUGCUUAAAUCAAAGAAGUUUCAGCGUGAUUUAGCUCAUGAUUUAAUACUUGCAAAUUGUAAUUGACAAUGAUGGUUUAUCCUCCAUGAUUAUGAUGAUUUAUGAAUGAAUG